GUUAAGAACAAUUGCCUUAUUUAUAGUUUGAACUGUGAAUUGGGUGUUAUAGAGAUCGAUUGCGUGAAGGUGUGGGAGUAUCUUGUGUUAAAUCUUCGUUCUUAUUCGAAGCAAAUAGACAGGAAAAAGACAUAAGCAGAAUGGGAUCAGAACAACACUUUCUAAUGAGGUAUAAAUCUGGCUGAUUCCAUACUUCCAAAUUCUCAAUUAUCACUCCAACGAUUAACAACCUAAAACCAACUCAGAAAACACCAGCCCAAUUUACCAACCACAUCAUGUGCAACUGGAUUUGCACCACUGAAGUUUGCCCUACAUGCGACAGCAAACAGAGGAUCAGCUACGAGGAUUUCCACUGUGAAUCCAAUUGUUACCCCGUCCGCCAAAACGCCGUUCAUUGCAAGAACUACAGAAAACUCAAUAACGAGAUUAUAGCUGAUUAUCCAUGCAUUAAUUGCGAUGAGCCGAUCUCUAUCUUCGACGACUCAGACUCAAGCGAGGAUGGCCAGAAGACGGAAAUGGACAAUUUGAUGAACGCAAUCGGUGCGCCGAUGGAAAAUAAGUCAAUUGACGAGGCAAGCGAGACUGUUGCAAUUGAUGACGUUUCAGAAGAUGAACGUGACUCAGAUGAUGGAAACAUCUCCGAAGUCUCAGAAGUUUCGGCAUUCUCAGACGAAGAAGAUUAUGAUCAUGAGACAGCCAUGGAGGGUUUGAUGGCAGGACAAAUCCAGUACGACGACGAUGACUCGUUUGACGUGCAGGAAUUCUUUGGCGAGCCAGACUUGAUCGAAGAGGAAUCACCAGCUGAAGAAUCCUACUACUUGACCUCACCUCGAUUGACCAGAACCGAGAUGUUGAGAAGGGGGUGGGAUUAGAUUGGCUGGACCAAUCAGAUCGAACUCCUUGAGUACGAGAGAUAUAAAUUUUUUUUUUUUUUUCCUUAAUAGAUAUUGUACCUAAUAAUUGAUUUAAAAUAUUUGAAUGUGAGUCCCGAAUGUGAGUUGAACCAAAUACUGAGCCGAAAGGUUGGAGAGAAAUGAAAUUGACCAUGGAGAUAUAAGAGACGGGAUCGAAGUCAUCUCUGGGAAGAAUCGAUUCUGACACAUAAAUGAGGACCUAAUAACUAUUACUUGAAGAUAUAUCGCCCGGAUGUAAUGUGAGUAGAUUUCCACACUGGAGAUAUAUGGGAGCGUCGAGGAGGAUAUAUAUGAGAUCAGGGCAUCCAAUAGUCCGGAUUGCAAUCCAACAAUAUAAGGGCUUGAAUGCCCAAAAGCAAUUAGAAAUCUGAAAAUGGUUCUUCAAUAUUCUUAUCAAAAUUCAAUAUCUCAAAUGAUUUGAAUGUUCUAAUUGGUUUGGAGAUCUGAUAAUCUUCA